AUGUCAUCUGAAUACAUGAACGCCGUGUACUAUCCCUCGUGGCGCUGCUACAAAGAGCGCCCUCCAUCAUGCUUGGAUACCUCCCACAUCACACACAUCUUCUAUGCCUUUGUCGGCGUCAAUGAGGACGGCACAUUGCGAGCCCUUGACGAUUGGGCUGACAAUGAAAAAAUGGUCGAUGGCGAAAAAGGCUGCCUCGCAGCGAUCGCCAAACUCAAGAGUGAACACCCGCAUAUCAAGACACUUGUUUCCAUCGGUGGCGGCUCCAGCAGCAAAGAGUUCCCUGCCCUCGCAGCGAGCGAAGAAGCCAGACAAACUUUUGCAUGCCAAAUCAGUGAAUUUUGCGAAACCCAUCAAUUUGAUGGUGUUGACAUUGACUGGGAGCAUCCUCAGACCCCCGAAGCAGGACACGAUUAUCUUCUCUUCCUCCAGGCUAUCCGAGGGACCAUGCCAGCUUCUCAGUACCUGCUAACGAGUGCCCUUCCAACGGGAGAGUACUGUCUCAAGCAUCUCAAUCUACCAGAAGUGGCCGAGUUGCUUGAUUUUCUCAAUCUCAUGGGAUAUGACUUCACAGGAGGAUGGACAGAUGUUUGCGGGCAUCAUGCACAACUUCUACCUCCGAAUGGGGACCUGAACGAGGUGUACCCGACGCUCCGUAAGUCUUGUCAGCGCGGUAUCGAGUAUUUGAUUGCAAAUGGCUUUCCUCGUCACAAGAUUGUACUGGGUAUCCCGGUAUACGCCAGAUACUUCGGCCAGGCACAUGCACCAGGUCAUCCUUUUGAAGGUGCAGGUGAGAUCGAUUACUGUGAUUUGCCGGAUGAUUGGGUGGCGGAUGCAGAGGUCGAUCAAGACGUUGCGGCGGCCUCUUUUGUUGACACUGAAGGAGACAAGGGCUUUGUGUCGUUUGAUGUUCCCAGCACAGUUGCCAUCAAGGCAGGAUAUGCUAAAGCCCUGGGUCUGGGUGGGCUAUUCUACUGGACAGGAGCUGGUGAUCGCAAGGACCAUGAGAGUUUGGUCACUGCAGGAUGGAUGGGACUCAAUUCAGACUAA